AUGGCGAGUAGAGAAGAAGACGGCGACAUUAAACUGGUCAUUGAUUUGGCGAUCACACGAGUUUUGGACCAACAGCAAAUCCAAAUGGAACUCGAAAUGGCAGCGAUUUCUCUACAGCGGCAGAAGAAAAUUGCAAGUACCUUGGUCACUCAAUGGAAUCAUCACAAGAACGAGCAUACCUUCAUCUGCGCGUCGGCAGGAGAGCAGUUUUCGUUCACAACUCACUGCUUGCGUGAGGCGGAGGUGACGAAGGAAAAGAUCCUUCGCAUGGGAACCCGUUACCUGAUCAUGGACUUUCUCUACGAGUAUAUUACGGAGUGGGGUGAAGCAUCGAGUUUCGGAAGACAAGACUUCAUCGCACGCAAACGAGACUACGCUUUUGGACCAGAGGCUAUUCGGGAUUUGAUCAUAACCCAGCGUGACAUUCUCGACAUAGAGAUCACCGACAUGAAGGCCAUGAUGGAACGUCAGGAGCGAGAAAUGAAAGAAAGGGAUCCUUUAACGAGUAUGCAUGUGCAGCGAAUUGUUCAGAAGGAAAUCGAGGGUUUGAAGGGUCAGCUUACUUCUCGUACGGAAUUAGACGCUCUCAGAAGAAAGGUGGAUGAACAACAAUCUGUGAUGAUGCUCCUCCAAGAAACUAACCGAGCGAAGACGACCCAAGGUUUCAACGAUGAGCAAGAGGAUAGUGAGCCGGAGCUCGGAAAUGAAGAAGGUGACAUAGGGGAAUUCGACGACGAAGGAAGGCCGAACAAUCUCGACAAUGAUGACUGCUAUUGGGACAGAAUGGUCAGCGAAGUAACUGAGGAAACGAGCAAUGAGGACGAAACGAGUAACUGUGAUCUACCAAGGAAAGAAUCGGCGAAUGAGAAUCGUAAGGUCGAGUUUCUGGUGCCUAGUAUUCACAGUACCGUGAGAGAGGUCGAGGAAAAGUUAUUACAGAUGCGCGUUCACCUCAACCGCUUCCCAUUCCGAGAUCGAAGGGAUAAGUCGCAGGGAAUAUCUCGCAAAAGAACUUGCGCUUUCUGUGGGGCACGGGGAGUUCAUUUUUCCGAUGCCUGCCCUUUCGUUCGGAACGGCGACACGCGUUACAAUAUCAUUGACAGGAAGAAAUGGUGUGUCCACUGUCUCGAAGCUCCAAAAGGUCACCCAUGUAGAUACCGUAAGAGGGAGUGUUUUUAUUGCUAUCGAUUAAGUUUUACAGUUUUCGAAGAUUUGCGUCGAAGUGAUGGAGGCUUCCACCAUCGUGCCGUUUGCAAUGUUCCUGACAAAAAAAUGGUGGCGUAUGCACGCAUGAAGGAAACAGAGCGAGAACUUUGGCGGCUGAAGAGCAUGGAAGAAAGGACGGUCAGACAAUGA